AGCAGUUGGCUCCAAAAGGAUUUGACCGCUUCAUCUUCCAACUGAUUAAUCCCCUGAGAGAAGAUCGUCCUUACGAGGUCGACUCACCUUGUGAUUUCGUCAUUGCUUUCACUCAGUGAAUCCUGAUCUCGCGGCGUGGCCUUUUUCGGGAUGAACCUGAUGAGCUUGUCGGAGGUCAAGAGCACUUGUAAGCCUUUGGUGGAGUUGGAGGACGAUCUACCCGGAUUGAAGGAGUAUCAAGAGAUCCCAGACCAGCGGAUGGACAGCAAACCCAUACGGAAUUCCUACUGCUCCUUCACGGAAUACACCAAGAAGGACGUCUUGCCAUCACCGAACCGCUUGGCCCAUGAUGCGUACGUGCGGGAAGUGAAUCGCUACUUGGCCUUGGUGGAGGAACAACCUCAGCUCUUUGAGAAGUACAUCCAACAACGACGAGGUCAACGACGAGGCUUCAGUUCGAGGGUCCGGGCGAUGUCCUCUGAUCGCUCCGAUCGGUCUCGUGGUCGCUGAGGU